AUGCCUAAACUUGAGGAGAUCGAGGACAUUGAGGAUGUCGACAACUUGGACAUGGACCUGGCCGAGUUCGACCCGGACCUGAGGACCCCGAUUGCGCCUGCGCGGCCGAAGCCGUCGGUUGUGCGGUCGCAGGACGCCGAGCCUGGGUUUGGCGGGCUGCCGCAGCUGAACGUCGAGACGGGCGACUUUGCCAAACAAACAAGAUCGCAGGAACAGCUGUCGGAGGAGGAGCUGGCCGAGCUCAGAAGCAUGCAGGUGAUAUACCCGUGCUACUUCGACAAGAACCGGUCGGUCGGCGAGGGCAGACGGGUCGGUGUGGAGCACAGCGUUGAGAACCCGCUGGCCAAGACGAUUCUGGACGCGUGCCGCCACCUGAACCUGACGGCGGUGCUGGAGCCGGAGAAAACGCAUCCGCAGGACUUUGGCAACCCGGGCCGCGUGAGAGUCGGGCUCAAGUUCAAGGGAAAACAGGCGAACUCUGUGGUGAAGAAUAAAAGACAGCUGCUUUUGAAAGUGGCCGAGUACCUGAAAUCGCACCCAACCACCCUGGCCAGCGUGAAACAGCUGCCCGGCCCGCCCGAACUCAUGAACGGAUACACCCCCGUGGAGGUGAGCAGGGUCAAGAAGUUCAAGAUGAACACCAUCGUGCCGUUGCACUCUGCGCUGACCAUGAAGAACCCGCAGACCGAAUCCGCGUACGUCAAGACGCCCCAGACGCCGGCCGCAGCCGCCCCAAAGAUCGCCAAGCAGAAAGUGCAAAGAAUCAGAGCUUAG